UGAUUCUUCUAUUCUCCCAAGAGGGAGGACUAGUGGAAUAAGAUGAAUAUGUAAUGUGAGCCACUGUGUGGGCUUCCCCAAACAGAAUCUGGAUCUAGAUUGAUCUUUGGUCUGAUCCAGGAAGGCUUUUAUAUUCUUACUGCAUCAGGGAUGGGGCUGACCAUUUUAGUUGAAAGAUGACGUGGUGACCAUUCACAAAGCCCAGGAGGCCUCAUGGUAUUGUUGAUCAAGGGAUUGCUUUACUGCUAUUAAUAAGAGCUUGUGUGGGGAGUGAAAUGGAAAAGGAUGCCAGCACCCCCUUGAUUCAAAUUUUACCUUGCACUUGACUCACUGAAUGGAUAUAGGCAUCCUACAGUUUCUUGGCCUGUUUCCCUGUAAGUUGGUGAGAGAAUAUAUGCGUAGCACUUUGGGGUACUAAAUAAUUCUGUAUAAAUACUUGCGAUUAAGGUGCAGGCAACAGAGAAAAGCCAUAAUAAAAUGGGAGCACCCUGGAGAAACACAUGUUUUUGUUCAGACCUUUAUUUAAAAAGUCUCUACAUGGGACAGAAUCAGGAUAAGGCAAAUUUAAUCCUAGAAACUGGGAACCUGUGAUUGACAGGUUUGUUCUUCUCAAUUGCAAUCUUGUUUGCCAUAGGAACAACAUAGGAACCUGCCAGUAGCCAUGUUCUAGAAGUAGUAGUCUAAAACAGUCGCUUUUCCCAUCUCUGGGAAAACAUACCAAACAUGUGUUUGAAGGUCUCACUGCAACACAAAACAGCACCCUGCUUCUGCUUCCGCCCUACAAAUCUAUUGUGGAGGUGAGGCCUGAAUUGCAGCUUCUUUUCUUGUGUAUGUCCCAAGUGUCCCCUCCUCCCCCGCAAGUCUGGCUUUCUAACGAUAACUCUGGGUUGUUUUCUAAAUGUUCAAAGGCUUUUGGCCAGCGCCGAAAUGUCCACUCCCUAGAGUUGGUUCAUAUGCUCUACUACCGCAGUACAUCCAACAACGCAGAGCUGCUGGAUGCCAUUGCUCUGCGCGCCCAGGAGGAACAUGCCAAAGAGGUCAUCUUGGCACAGAGCUUCCUCCUCCAGCUGCAUCAUCAUCAUUAUCACCAGCACCCCCUACAGGAGGAUAUAGCCCCUGAAAUUGUUGAACAGCUGAAGAAAGAGGUCCAGACUUGGCUCCUCUCUCACUCUGAGCUGGACAUAACCUUCUGUGCUGAGCGUGCCUGCCAACAUCUCAGGGAGCUAGGAGUUGGGGUCUCUCCCAUAGCUCCAACCCAUACAGUGUGACUAGGCUGGAACCCUGCGGUCACGGUUCUAGCUAGCCCUUUUGGCACAGCCUCUAAGGGCAAGCCUGGCAAGUUCAGAAGGCAUGGUCAUGGUGACGUCUAUUUUCCUCUGCAGUAUCGUAGGAGCAGUAUGCAGAGGCACAACUCCUAAUACUGCACAGAUAACCAGAAACCACAUGAGAUUUCUGCUACUG